CAGCGGGCAGGCACCUCCUAUUCCCCUGCCAGUGACUGAGCUGCCGCCCAGCCCCAUGCCCCCGGCUGCCCAGCGCCUGGCAUAGACACAGCCACCAUGGACCUGUUCGGGGACCUUCGGAGGAUGAACAAGAGGCAGCUCUACUACCAGGUUCUGAAUUUUGCCAUGAUAGUAUCUUCAGCUCUAAUGAUAUGGAAAGGCCUCAUAGUGGUGACCGGAAGCGAGAGUCCAAUAGUCGUCGUGCUGAGUGGCAGCAUGGAGCCGGCUUUCCAUCGGGGGGAUCUGCUGUUCCUGACGAACUUCCAAGAAGACCCCAUUCGAGCAGGCGAAAUUGUAGUGUUUAAAGUGGAGGGCAGAGACAUCCCGAUUGUUCACAGGGUCAUCAAAGUGCAUGAAAAGGAGAAUGGAGAUAUCAAAUUCCUCACUAAAGGAGAUAACAAUGAAGUCGAUGACCGAGGAUUAUAUAAGGAGGGGCAAAAUUGGCUGGAAAAGAAGGAUGUUGUGGGGAGAGCGCGGGGGUUUUUGCCAUAUGUUGGUAUGGUCACUAUUGUCAUGAAUGAUUACCCAAAAUUUAAGUAUGCGGUGUUGGCCAUUAUGGGCGCCUUUGUACUGUUAAAGCGUGAAUCCUAACACUGGAAAAAGGCAUAAGAAUAAUAAAGGCAUAAUAUAUGACUAAUAUAUUGUAUUUUCUUCUCUGUAAUAACGUAACAAAUACCUGGGAACUGUCCGGACAUACAAAACUCACGUUCUUCUAGAUGUCACCUUUAGGUUAUUUAUUCAGAUAACGGUUCCGUUGUACAUGCUACAUUUUAUAAUACAAUGUAAUAUGUUUUUUCUUACAAUAUGACCUAAUAAAACCAACAAAUAACA